UUCGCACCACAGAGUCUCCAGCCAACUCCUGCGCUCCAGACGCCAACCACACUCCUUUCUCAGCGCCAUGGCCCCAGCCACCUGUCCACUCCUCUGCUCCGCUCUGAUGCUGCUGCUGCUCCUGGCCACCAGCCGCCAGGCUACAGGGACGGUUGUGGCCAGUGAGCUGCGCUGUCAGUGCCUGAGGACCCAAGAAAGGAUCGAUUUCCAGGACAUCCAGAGCUUGAAGGUGACGCCCCCAGGACCCCACUGCACCCAGACGGAAGUCAUAGCCAUUCUUAAGGAUGGUCAGGAAGUUUGCCUCAACCCUGAAGCCUCCUUGGUUCAGAGGAUCAUCCAAAAGAUACUAAAGACCGUCAAGUCCAGCUGAGCCAGGAAAGGAGGAAGCCCCUGAUCCUGAUGAAGGACCUGCCUUCUAAAGCAAAGAGGAAAAAAUUGAUCCUUCCAAAGACUGUCGGGAUGAGACUUCUGCUUGCUUUGAACAACUCCCGAGAGUCCAUAUUUAUUUAUUUUCCCCAAAGUGUAUGUUGUUGAUAUUUUAUAUGUAAAAUAACUAAGGGUAUAAUUGAACUUGCAAGAUGCCAUCAUGUUUACUGUUUAUUUAAUAUCAAACGUAGGUUUCAUCAAUCCUCAUUCUUAACUUGAAGGUUAAAGGUUUUCAGAUUCUCCCAGGGAAUUAUAUUCAUAUUUGUGAGGCAACCAUCCCAUGCUGACCAUUGUGAUGAUAGCUGGAGCAGUCAACAGGCAAAGGAGAUCAUUUAAUGUAGGGAGAAUAUAUGUGCACAUCUACUUUUGUACCGAUAAAAGACUAUUAGUUGUUAUUUAUUGAAAUGGCUUUACAGUGUCACGAUGAAUGAUCAACUUUGUGUUGAAGCUCCAAGAAUUGUCAUGUUCUAUAUAUUCCUUAGAUAUUUUAAGUGAUUUUUUAAGUCUCAAUGACUAUUUAAUGCUUCUAUGACUUAGAACUCAGAGGUUUAAAUAUUUAUUGGUAUUUUUACAAAGAAUUUGAAAAUAAAA